GUUAUGCCUGCUAAUUCAGCACCUCCACACAGAGGACCAAACUGAUGGUAUCAACCAUAGCCGGACCUUGGGUAAAGAUGGCGCAGGCACUGUCAGAAGAGGAGUUCCAUCGAAUGCAGGCUCAGCUCCUGGAGCUGAGAACACAAAACUACCAGCUUUCUGAUGACUUGCGGAAAAACACAGCCGAGCUCAAUGUUGUCCGCCAGAAGACCUCAAACCUGGAGAAGGAGCACAUGAAAGCACAGAAGGCUCUGAGUAAGAGCAAAAAGGCUCAGGAAGUGGAUGCCCUGCUGAAUGAGAAUGAGAUGCUCCAGGGCAAGCUGCAUAGCCAGGAGGAUGACUUCAGACUGCAGAACAGCACGCUGAUGCAGGAGCUGUCCAAGCUCUGCUCCCAGAUAGAGCAGCUAGAGCAGGAGAACAAGGCGCUAAAGGAAGGGAAGGCGGUGCCGCCUGCUGCUUCCGGCCCCGCCUCCAGCCCCCUAGAUGGAGAGAUGCUCCGCCUCCAAGCCCAGAACUCCGCCUUGCAGAAAAACAUGGCAGCCCUUCAGGAGCGCUGUGACAAGCUGGUUCAGGGUCAGAAAGGCACAGAGCAAGAGGAGUUCCCCGUGACCACAGUGGACGGACGGUCCGACUCCAACGGCAUCUCGGCGCAGUCGGAGGGCGGUCCCGUCAGGCCAGAGCAGGUGGUGGGAAAGUGCAGCAAACUGGAGCAGCGGGGGCAGGAGCUAAGCGAGGUGGACUUGCGGUUGCACACGGAGUUGGAGGAGAAGCGCUUGCUGAAGGAGCAGCUGCAGGCCCUGGAGUCAUCCAAGCAAACGGACGUGACAAAACUUCAGGAGGAAAUCGCUAAGCUUUCAGACAAACUGAAGAAAAAACAGGAAAGCUUCCAGCGCUUGCAAGGAGAAAAGGAGGUCCUUUACACCGACAGCAGGACUAAAAUUGAGGAGAUUCAGCAGAAGAAAGAGGAGGAGUUGAAAUCCAUGAGCCUCCGUAUCCAGAAACUACAGGGAGACUUAAUGUCAGCCAAUCAGACUAUCACAGAGCUGAGGGAGCAGCUACAGAGCCAGCAGAAAGAACACGAGAAGGCUCUGCACGGGCUCAGAGAGCAGGUAGCAUGUCAGAGUGCAGUGAGUCAGGAGCAAGUAGAGAGCAUCCUGAGUGAGAACGAUGCUCUCCGGACUAACCUAGCAGCCCUAGAACAGAUUCAGACAGUGAAGACCCAGGAGAUGAACCUCCUCCGUGACCAGAACAUGUCUCUCAGCGUGGAGUUGCAGCAGAGGCAGGCUGAGCAGGAGAGCUUCUUGGCCCAGAAGGAUGACCUGAGCUCUCAGCUGCAGGAGGCCAACCGAGCAAAUGGCAGACUGCUGGAGCAGCUGACGGAGCUGGGCCAGGAGAAGGAGAAGGUGCAGCAGGAACUGGAAGACGCGAGGAAGACGGCAGACAAGCGCAAGGCCAUGCUAGAUGAGCUGGCCAUUGAGGUGGCCCAGGAGAAGUCUCGGCACAAGGAGGAACUGAGUGACGUGCGCUUGCAGCAUGAGAAGGAGGUGCUGGCAGUCCGGGCGCGUUACGAGAAGGAGCUGCGGGACCUCCAUGAGGACAAGAAUCGCACUGAGGAAGAGAUCCGCUCCCAGCUGCGUGACGAGAAGGCUCGUACCCGGGAGCUGGAGAGUCUGCAGUACACGGUGGAGGAGCUCAGGGCCCAGAUCCAGUCCAUGGAGGGAGCCAAAGGCUGGUUCGAGCGGCGCCUCAAAGAAGCGGAGGAGACCAUGGAAAAGAGCACGUUGGAGCACCAGGAGCAGAUCCGGACGCUGCAGAUGGAGCAAAAAAGACAACUGCAGGAGAAGGAGGCAGAGGCGGAGGAGGUGAGGCGGCAGCUGAAGGCUGUGGAGGUGGAGCGGGAGGAGCACAGCACCACCAUUGGGAAGCUCAAACAGGAGAUUAAGGACACAGUGGAUGGACAGAGGAUCCUGGAAAAGAAGGGGAGCUCGGCACUGAAGGACCUGAAGAGGCAGCUGCACUUGGAGAGGAAGAGGGCCGACAAGCUCCAGGAGAGGCUGCAGGAGAUCCUGACCAACACCAAGACCAGGACGGGCCUGGAGGAGCUGGUAUUAUCUGAGAUCAGCUCCCCCAGUCGCACCCAGCAGACGGGGGACAGCAGCAGCAUCUCAUCCUUCAGCUACCGGGAAGCCAUGAAGGAGGGGAGCGCAGCACAGAGCAGCAAUAAGUCGAACACCAGUAGCCCCCAGUCGCAGCGCCCAGCGGACCUGUCAGACGAUGAAGUCGGUGAGCUCUUCCAGCGCCUGGCGGAAGUGCAGCAGGAGAAAUGGAUGCUGGAGGAGAAGGUGAAGCACUUGGAAGUGAGCUGCGCAUCCAUGGCAGAUGACAUCUGCAAGAAGAGCGCCAUCAUCGAGACCUACGUCAUGGACAGCAGGAUAGAUGUGUCCUCGGCGGCAUCUGCGUCGCACGGAGGCCCGCUGGAGCGUGGGGGCCUGGGCUCUGUUUUGAGGGACCUGGUGAAACCUGGAGACGAGAACCUGCGUGAGAUGAACAAAAAGCUUCGCAACAUGCUGGAGGAGCAGCUAACCAAGAACAUGCACCUCCAGAAGGACCUGGAAGUUCUGUCUCAGGAGAUCGUUCGGUUAAGCAAAGAUACGUGCACAAGUUCAGGUGGGGAUCCUACAACAACUGGCUAGCACCGGAAACAGCCCCCACCUGCCACCCACUCCAUCCGACCCCUUUUCACCGCUUCUGCAGCUGAGACGAGGAGGAUGCCGCCCGGCCGUGUUAAGGACUGUAACCUCUGGCAGGGAGGGAGGUGGAGAGGGAGACGGAGGUUUAAAAUGUAUCUGCUACUGAAUGUAUUUAUUGUCACCAUCAGCUGUGUCUGUAAAUCUGGCGACCUUGUGAUGUACGCAGCGCGGUGGCAGUGCCACCAGGAGCCAGGGGGUUUCGCGGGGCAACACCCAUUCCGGCCUGUGAAUGACCUCGAUGGGUCACAUGAAUUGAACCUUAUGGUAAUGCUACUUUACACUUGCUUUGUUGACAUAGAGGAUGCCUUAUUAAGCUCUACAUAAGUCAAACUUAAUCUGCAGCCUUUAGAAUCGCAGGUAUUCGCUAAUUCAAACAGCCAUAAUUAAUCUUUGUUUUCUAAAGCCCGAUUAACCAGUGGCCGUCCAUCUCGGCAAAUAAGGGACCACAAUCAGGAUGUAAUAAAAGGGUCGGGAGGUAAAAUGAAGUCUUAUAUAGUACUUAAUAAGGUCUUAUGUCUGCAUUGCACAUCCAAAGUGAAGUCACCUCGCUUACGGUUAGAUGAUGGGAUUUCGUCAGUCGGUUCGUUGAGUUGCAGCUUUCAGGUUAAAUAUCUUGAGCCCAAAGAGCAUCAGCAGCCCCCUGACCAGAUCCCCCCUCCAUGGUCCCUCUUGUAUCUUUCCGUCCAGUCCUCUGGCUAGUAUGCCCCCCCGCUCUCGUCCCGCUAAGGCCAAGCAACAUGGCGCUUCCUCCAUAAAAUGUGUCGCUUGACUUCUGCUGGACAGAUGGACAGAUCGGUGUGGGAUGAUCACAUGACCUGCCCUGACUCCUGUGAAUACAUGGCUUUUCCGUGAGAGGGGGCAGGGACGGUAACCGUGACCUGGGAAAUCCAUGGG